CGUAAAUUUGUGACGUAUUUCACACCGGCACGCAAACAUGGCGGAAAAUACAACGUUAUCGGAACGAAAUAAUAUAACAAAUCAAGAAUCUGGUGCGUUCAAGCGAAAAGGCGACAACAACACGGAAAAAGAAAGUCCGAACAAAAAACGUAAAUCCAUUGAUGAUGACAAAUCUCGACGCAAAAGUUCCCCGGAACGAAAAGAACGGAAGAAAGAAAAGAAAUCAAAACGGACUAAAGAUGAAAAACAUAAAAGCAAACCGUCAAAGACAAACCUUAAGAAAGAAGUUGAUGAUUCAUUUUAUGAAGAAGAUAUAGUACCUGUUCAAGAUCCAAAAGUUGACAAAAGUAGAAUCUGUCCGUACUUAGAUACAAUCAACAGGUCUGUUCUGGAUUUUGACUUUGAAAAACUGUGUUCGGUGUCCCUGUCCCACAUCAAUGUCUAUGCCUGUCUGGUCUGUGGAAAAUAUUUCCAAGGUCGAGGCAACAAGUCACAUGCCUACACUCACAGUGUACAGGAGAGUCACCAUGUGUUCCUCAACCUGGCCACUCACAAGUUCUACUGCCUGCCAGACAACUACGAGAUCAUAGACUCUUCACUAGAGGACAUUAUUUACGUCUUGAAUCCCACAUUUACGACCAAUCUCAUCUCCCAGUUUGACGGCACAUCAAAGAUGUCCAGAGCAUAUGAUGGCACUACAUACCUGCCAGGGAUUGUUGGUUUGAACAACAUCAAAGCAAAUGACUACUGCAAUGUGAUACUUCAUGCAUUGUCCCAUGUCACUCCAUUGCGGAACUACUUUCUUCAAGAGAGCAAUUACAAGGGCAUCAAGCGCCCGCCUGGAGACCAGAUGUUCCUAGUUGUUCAGAGGUUUGGUGAGCUGCUACGUAAACUCUGGAACCCUCGGAAUUUCAAGGCUCACGUCAGCCCUCAUGAAAUGUUGCAAUCAGUCGUAUUGUGCAGCAAGAAACGCUUCCAGAUCACUUCACAAGGUGACGCCCUGGAGUUCAUGUCCUGGUUCCUCAAUGCCCUGCAUGGAGCCCUCAACGGCACUAGGAAGCUGGCCAGCUCUAUCAUCAACAAGACAUUCAGGGGCAAAAUGAGGGUCUUCUCCAGAAAGGUCCCACCCUUGGAAAUGGCGGAACAUGAGAAGCAGAAGCUGCUGCUGACGGAGGAGUACCAGGAGGUUGUGGAGGAGAUCCCCUGGCUGUACCUGACCUGUGACCUCCCACCCCAGCCCCUCUACCCCGAUGAGCUUCAGGAGAACAUCAUCCCACAGGUGCCCUUCCACAACAUCCUCGCCAAGUUCAACGGGGUCUAUGAGAAGGAGUACAAGACACACAAAGACUCGACACUCAAGAGGUUCGAACUCACUAAGCUGCCUCCGUACAUCAUCGUCUACAUCAAGAGAUUCACCAAGAACUUCUUCGUUCAAGAAAAGAAUCCAACAAUUGUAAACUUCCCUAUCAAGAACAUUGAUUUCGGGGACCUGCUGCCUGCGGAGGUGAGAGCCCGCCACAAGUACACGACCUAUGACCUCAUGGCUAACGUCGUACAUGAUGGGGAGCCUGGAGCGGGCAAGGGGACAUACAGGACCCAUAUUCUUCAUAAGGGCUCUGGUAAGUGGUACGAACUGCAGGACUUGCAUGUGGCGGACAUCUUACCCCAGAUGAUCACUCUGUCAGAGAGCUAUAUUCAGAUCUUUGAACUGCGGACUGAUAUUCCCAACCUGAGCUAUUCUCCAACCCCAGCCUCUGGUACCCAGCACACCACUGUACCAGCUGACAAAACAGUGAACCAGACAGUCACACACGCUGGUCCCCAUCUCCCUGCAGGAUUGGGCCAAACUGGAGCAGGGAACCAAGAUGAUGAUAUGGACACAGGGGAAUGAGGCGUGGAAUACAUGCUAGGGUGUCAUUUCUUUCAGAACUGGCCACAUAUGUGUGGUUCAUUUCAGGAAUUGUCGCUUAUGUGUUUUUCUGACUGGAAUCAAUCAUAUUGUUUUAUUUCUGAUAGGAAUGGACACUAGUGUGUGAUUUCUGAAAGGAAUGGACGUUAAUGUGUGAUUUACAACAAUAAUCAACGUCAGUGGUUGAUUUCUAACAGGAAUGGACACUAGUGUAUUAUUUUUUACAGGAAUAUAAGAUAGUUUGAGAUUGCUGUCAGAAAAAGACACUAGAUUUUAUUUUGUUAGAACAAGUCACUAGUAAUGUUAUUUCUGGAGAGAAGAAAAACAGAUGUCAGUGUUGUUAUUUCUGAUAGUAAUUUUCAACCAUAAUUUAUGCUGAGAUCGGCAUGAUAAGAAAGCAUGAAAUUAACUGCAAAGGCGUAAUGUAAAAGGUUUUAAAGAUGGAUUUAUGUGUGAAAAAUGAUAUUUAUAAAAAAAAUCAAAGUAGCACAAUAAGUAGCCAGUUAAAAUGCAUACAGAAAGUCGGUUUCGAGCCUAUGUUAAGAAUAAAUAUUAAUGGUUUCAUUACACUUUAUAAUCUGUUUCACAGAGCAAAGCUUUAUUGUUUGUUACCGGCAAUAAAUUAUAGGUAAACCAUUUUGUGUGUUUUUAAUAAUAAUCUGUAAACUGGUUACUCCAGCAUGCAAAGCUUUGCGUCAUCAUAGAUAUCUAUGUUAUUUGAGAGAUGAUUGCCUCUAUUAUUUGACUGAUAGUACAAUGGCUUAAUGAAGUGUUGUUAGAGCCCUGAUUUAGAGGCUAAAUAUAAAAUACUAGUAUACAACUACUAUAUGUUGCUAUGUGCUCUGUUAAUGAUCACUCUUUUAUGCAGCUUACUGAGCUACAUGUAAAUAAAUAUUAUAAAAUUACAGAAAA